UCGUGAAGAAAACAUGUCUACGAUUGGUCCCUCCGUGACAAGGAUUUAAUUUUGAAUUUUUUCUUUACGGCGUGGAGAAACCAGUGUCGCGACUUUAUCUAAUCCUCAGGCUCUUAGACCAAAAUCAUGCCCAAGUUCAAACAACGAAGAAGAAAGUUAAAAGCCAAAGCCAAGAGAUUAUUCAGGAAAAAAGAAGCCUCUCACUUCCAGUCCAAGAUAAUUACACCUCCUCCUCCACCACCCUCGCCAGAAAGAGUGGUUACUUCUUCAAUAGAUACACCCUAUGGCAGAAGCUGGCUAAGAUCACUCUGGCAAUUUAAAUUUUUCAAUAUCAAAGAUACAAUAAGACUUUGGACAAGCAGAGUGUGGUCUAUGUACAGAUGGUGCCAGAACUGCAUAGCCCAGAGUUUAGAAGUAUGGAAAGAUACCAUCUUUCCAUCCUGUAUUUGCCACCAAGAACUUGACAGGUUAAAGCAACAGUUUUGCAUCUUGGAAGGUGAAUUAUGCAAACUCCAGGAAACACUGAAGACCAUCUCAGCAAAUUCUUAUUGUCCAAGCUGUUGUCAAACGUGUCACAUGAAUGGUAAACUUACAAACAUACCUGCCUCUGCUCUAACCACCCCUGGAGAGUCCAGAGCAGCACUUCUUCCCAAGCUGCCGCAGCCAGCCAGCCUUCCUCCUCCUCCACCUCCGCCUCCUCCACCUCCACCUCUGCCCCCUCCUCCACCACCACUAGCACCUUCGUUGCUCAGAAAAUCCAGUCUCACCAAAGCACUUCAGCCUGGACCAUUAAGAAAAGAUGGACCCAUGCAGAUAACAGUUAAAGAUCUACUGACUGUGAAAUUAAAAAAGACACAGAGUUUGGAAGAAAGAAGGAAGCUUGUACCAUCACCAAAGGCACGGAAUCCACUAGUUACUGUCUCUGACUUGCAACGCGUUACCCUGAAACCUAACUCCAAAGUGUUAUCAACUCACGUAACAAACGUCUUAAUUACUCCUGGUAAAAGCCAGACAGAUCUGAGAAAACUGCUUAGAAAAGUGGAUGUAGAAAGGAGCCCAGGUGGAACUCCUCUUACCAAUAAAGAAAAUAUGGAAACAGGAACUGGAUUGACUCCCGUAAUGACCCGAGCCUUGAGGAAAAAAUUUCAGCUGGCUCAUCCUAGAAGCCCAACUCAAGCUCUGCCACUUUCUUCAAGCAGCUUUGAUGAACAAAACUGAUGCCAACUCUGCCUGUCUUCAUGUGAUGACCUAUAAAAUACAUAAAUAUCCCAAAUCCUUUUUUUUAAUGUAGUAGGCUGUGUGUAAGUUUACUACUCUAAUUUCAUUUCAAGAAUUAGAUCAUGGAGUUGGCUCCACAGCCUGGUUGUUGGAGCAGCUGGAUCCCACCUGGCCAACCACUAGGUUCAAGUCUCAGACCUGGUGGCUUGAA